CACGAUCAUGUGACUGUCACAUGGCAGCAGAAUGAUAGUUUUACAGACAGUGAGAGUGGUGUACAAACCUUGGACUUCUCUCUCGGUGACUCUGCCUAUGGAUCUCAGGUCCUGGACUUCUCUCCCAUCUCCUCCACUCCUCUGUGUGUAUCGGACCACUGUCUCUCUCUCUCCACCUCCUCCCUCCCUCUCCUCUCAGGACACACCUACCACCUCACACUACGAGCACGCAACCAUGCCGGGCUCGAUUCCUACCUAGCAACCGAGGAAUUCAUUUUCAUCUACGGACCCCCCACAGGGGGCAGGGUUGUUGAUUUGGACCCCCACGUUCAGGGUCCCUCAGAGGAGAGCUGCGUCAGUCUCCAUGACAGUGACACCGAUCUAAUUCUCGAUUCUGAUUUGUUGACUGUACGGUGGGAGGGGUUUGACCACGCCCACUUGAAUGUGACAUUCUCCGUUGGUCUUGGUUCCAUUCCAGGCACAGACGACGUAAUUCCAUUCUCGUGGGUUGGAACGGAGACGCGACACUCAUUUACCAACCUGACCCUGCAAUCGGGAGAGCAUUAUUACAUAACUGUCGUCGCUAGCAAUGAUUACGGCACAAACACUACCUCGUCAGAUGGAUUCACAUACCUAUCUGGUCUCCAUAGUGAUGUAUCCACGACAACCGUUGUUGACGGCAACGAGGAGGGGAGAGACAUAGACUACCAAUAUUCCCAAACGUCACUAGGGGCGCAGUGGGUGUGUCCCCCCUCCCUCCUCCCCUACCUGUCCCACUAUCUCUGGGCCGUGCUGCACAGAGACUCAGAGUCUCGCAACCUGACUCUGGUACGGGGGUAUGAGAACGUGGGAUCCGAGACCUGGGCCACCGGAGCUGGAAUGGAACUGAGACACGGGGAGGCCUAUGUGAGUGGUGUUCAGAUAUGUCUGUCCACCAUUGUUCCAACUUGCCUGGCUCCAGUCUAUUCCGAUGGGGUCAGGGUCCUAGACCGGCCAGUAGCGUCUCAUAUUCAUGUCACGUACACCCCGCUGGACUGGGAUCCUGUGUUCUCAACCAGCUCCUCUGGGAGACUGGACUUAGUCUGGUCCCCGUUCCAGGACCCCAGGAUGGCUUACUAUGAGUGGGCAAUUGGAACGGGGGAACCUGGAUAUGAACUCCUGACUCAGUGGAGCCAGGUGGAACGGUACGAGACCAGUCUUUCAGUCAGUCUCAAUGUCACAGUUUCCCUGCACAUGAGAAACACUGUCACUCUGCGAGGAUUCAACGCAGCCGGUCUGCAUUCCAUGACAGCAACGGAGCUGCUCUGGAAUGUGGACGGAGAGACCACACCCCAAGAUCUGAUACCUCGGUCGAAGUUGAUUGUGUACGACAUUCCAGACUCCGGGGUAAGAGUACCCCACACCACAGACUGGAGACAACUGGAGUACUCCGAAUGGGACCCAAUUGGAAUGGAACUGGACUACACAAACUCCUCCCACUCAUUAUCAGCAGCGUGGCCAGACCUUCGUUACACCUCCUACAACUACUCCGUAUCGACCACGCCCUGCAUUCACAACAUGCACUCCCCCAAGCUCUGGAGUUGCGUGUGGUACAACCAUCGCCAACUCUGUCACUAUUCCAGACCUGGUUCUGGAGGACGGAGUCCGGUACUACGUCUGUGUGCAGACUCGGCAACCGUUUGCCAUCCACCCCUCCCCCUCCUCCCCCUCCACCCUCACGGCUUGCUCCAACGGAGUGACUGUGGAUCUGUCUCCUCCAUCUGGUUCCUGCGUCCAGAUCCAACCCCUAGCCCCCGUCUGGGAAUCAGACGUUGCGAGUGGGGACGUAGCAAGUGGGAGUGGUUUUGGAGACUUGGUUCCGUUCCGUUCCCAGUGUGUCUGGAAUGGGUCUCAGUUUCAGAGCUCUAG